CAUUCUGAACAGGACUCCAUGCCCAGGAACUGCAGAUGCCCAACAGCAGCUCCAUCAGCCAGUUCCUCCUCCUGGCGUUGGCAGACACGCGGCAGCUGCAGCUCCUGCACUUCUGGCUCUUGCUGGGCAUCUACCUGGCUGCCCUCCUGGGCAACGGCCUCAUCAGCACAGCCGUAGCCUGCCACCACCGCCUGCACACCCCCAUGUACUUCUUCCUGCUCAACCUCGCCCUCCUCGACCUGGGCUGCAUCUCCACCACUCUCCCCAAAGCCAUGGCCAAUGCCCUCUGGGACACCAGGCACAUCUCCUAUGCUGGAUGUGUUGCACAGACUUUUCUGUUUGUCUUUCUGAUAUCAGCAGAGUAUUCCAUUCUCACCAUCAUGUCCUAUGACCGCUACGUUGCCAUCUGCAAGCCCCUGCACUACGGGACCUUGAUGGACAGCAGAGCUCGUGCCACCAUGGCAGCAGCUGCCUGGGGCACUGGGCUUCUCUAUUCCCUCCUGCACACUGCCAAUACAUUUUCACUGCCCCUCUGCCAAGGCAAUGCUGUGGAUCAGUUCUUCUGUGAAAUCCCCCAGAUUCUUAAGCUCUCCUGCUCACACCCCUAUCUCAAAGACAUUUGGGUUCUUGUGGUCAGUGCCUCUUUAGCAUCUGGCUGCUUGGUUUUCAUUUUUUUCACCUAUAUGCAGAUCUUCAGGGCAGUGCUGAUGAUGCCCUCUGAGCAGGGACGGCAAAGAGCCUUCUCCACAUGCCUCCCUCACCUCGCUGUGCUCUCCCUCUUUGUCAGCACUGGUACCUUUGCUUAUGUGAAGCCUCCUUCCCUAUCCUCCCCAUGCCUGGAUCUGAUAGUGGCAGUGCUCUACUCAGUGGUGCCUCCAACACUGAACCCCCUCAUCUACAAUGUUAGAAACAAGCAGCUCAUGUGUUCAGUUAGGAAAGUCAUUUCACAAUUUUUUCUGAAUUAA